AUAGAAUCUAAUAAUGAACUUGAAGAUUCCAAAUUUAUGUCUUCCUUUCAUUUCAUUCCUUUACAUAUGUAUAUAUAUAUACAUACACCAUGAAAGUAGUUCAUCACUUUGUGCCAAAACACCAAAAUUUAGUACAAAAUACUAACUUGUAUUGGUUAUUAGGUAGUAAGAGAUGAUAGGUUUAGGAGAUGCAUACAAGGUUGUGGUUGCGACGGCGCCGUUGUACGUCGCGUUGGGUUUAGGUUAUUGCGCCGUGAAAUGGUGGGGGAUGUUCAAACCCGACCAUUGCGACGCAAUCAACCGUUUCAAUUGCUACUUCGUCAUCCCUUUUUUCAAUUUUCAUUUCGUAAUGGCCAUCGAUCCCUAUAAGAUGAACUACCGGUUCUUGGCCGCAGAUGUUGUCGCUAAAACGCUCGUCGGUUUAGCUUUGGCGCUCUGGAUGAAAGUUUUUAGGGGAAAAAAUUUCGCUUGGGCUAUUACUACUUUCAAUAUGUCGUGCUUUAACAAUACUUUAGUGGUCGGUGUGCCUUUGCUCGAGGCCAUGUACGGUCCACCGGGAAAAGAUCUUGUGGUGCAAUCGUCUGUUAUCCAGGCUAUUAUCUGGUUUCCUCUUCUUUUAUUUUUGUUUGAAUUAAAUGGCGUUGUUCGUUUGUCUUCUGAUGAAAGUUGCAAUAAUUCUACUGAUUUUGGUCUCAAACAAACGCGAGAUAUGGAGAAUGAUUCUGUUGAGAUUGUGUUGGCAGAAGUCGAGGGUAAUUCAACUGUUGUAAGUAUAUUUGAUGAUAAGAAUGAUUCUAAAGUAGUCUCGUCUUCGUCGCCUUUGCCACCAUCGUCAUGCAAUUUUGUAUCAACCAUGAAGAAAGUUACGAUGAAGCUUGUAAAGAAUCCAAAUUGUUAUGCUUGCGUUCUUGGCUUGGUUUGGUCUCUUAUGGCGAAAAGGUGGAAUCUUGAAAUGCCGAGCAUAAUCGAAGGUUCGAUUCUAAUAAUGUCCAAGGCGGGAAGUGGAGUAGCAAUGUUCUCGAUGGGACUUUUUAUGGCGCUGCAAGAAAAGGUGAUCGCAUGUGGCGUAAAAUUGACAACAUACGGCAUGGUUUUGAGAUUCGUGAUUGGUCCACUGACUACGCUCGUCGGGUCUCUUGCGUUGGGGUUGAAAUCCCGGGUUCUUCAAAUCGCAAUUAUGCAGGCGGCUUUACCACAAGCAGUCUCGUCUUUCGUCUACGCGCAAGAGUACAACAUGCAUGCAAGUGUACUUAGUACAGCGGUUAUUUUCGGUACGAUCGUAGCUCUUCCUCUAUUGAUUGGCUACUAUGGAGCCUUAGACUUGGUGCUCUAAUGAAUCUGCCAAACUUGAUACCUUAGGGAAAAGUACUUUUAUUUCAUGUAUGACUUUAUUUAAUUUCAUUUAAUGUAAUAAAAAUCAAGCAUUUAUGAGCAUGGA